CUCCUCCCUGCCUUGCCUCGCCUCGCCUUGUUGGUUGGCUAGUUUGUUGGGUUUUUUUUCCCCCGUCACCCCUGUCCCGGUAUUUGUCUCUUCCCCUCUCCCCUCCCCUCUCCGCACCCCCUCUCCCUCGUCGAUCAGCGCAUCCUACCCCUCCCCGCUGCCCAUCCCCCCUCCCUCCCCCGCCAUCUUCCCUGCGAUCCGAUCCUCUUGCUCCAUCGCACGAGACCCUGCGCCUGGUCAACAUGGACAGCUCCUCCCCCAACAUGGACUCCUCUCCGCCGGUUCUUUCGCAACGGGCGGCCGAUGCCUCGAUGGCUGCCAUCAACUUGACCAAUGCCAUGGUGGCCGCCGGGGCCACCAAUGCCAAGACCGAGGUCAAGGAGGGCACGCUAGAUCUGGAUGCCUCGCAGGAGGUGUUUCUGGUGAAAGUGCCGGAUUACAUUUACAAGCUUUGGAGCCGGACACCUCGCGGCACGCGUUUGGGGAAAGUCCGGGCUACGAAGGGCCUUUUUGAUAAAAAUCCCUCCAGCGCAUUGCGCACCCUCCGGGCACCGGUUAUCCACAUGGAGCUGGAGCAAGUGCCCGACUCGGUCCUCGAGCCCCCGCGCACCCUGUCCCUGGCGCCGUAUGUGCGCAAUCCCUCGGCGCUGCCGAUCCUGGAGCCCAACCUGCCGGUCCUGCCACCGCCAAAGCACUUCCAGCUGCGACCGAUCGGGACCUACCGGCCGAACAGCCACUUUGUCAUCAGCGAGGGGUCGCUCGAAUCCGGGGGCAAGGUGUCGCUAGCGGCCUCGGUGGGCGCCCGGAUGUCCAUGCAGCCGGAAAUGCGCGACGAGUAUCUCUCCUUCAAGCAGGCCCUACACAAUGAGGAGCACCGCGAGAAGAUUCGCAAGAGGGAGGAGAUGCUGCGGCUGCGCUCGCUUCAGGAUGAGGCCAUCAACGUGGCCAAUGCCGAAAUCAAGCGCGACACCGCCAAGGAGACCCGCGUGGCUCCGGCCCCGAUUGCCUCGACUGGUGGUGGUGAGCUCAUCACCGACUUGGACCUGCGGAACCUUCUGCUGGCCCUCCUUGAUCAGAAGGAGUAUGUCCACCCACGGGAGGGCAUCAACUAUGUGGCCGAGCAGCGCAACACGGCCGUCGGCGAGAGCCGCAUGAAGAAGAUGCUCGGCGAAAUUGGCGAGCGCAUUCAGCACGGGGAGCACAAGCACAAGUACCGGCUGAUGAAGGCGUAUCGCCGUCCGUGAAUGCGCCCGCGGCAGCGGGCAUGCGUGCCUUUCGGACGGAAGGCCGUGCAUGCGCACGUCUGCGUGUGGGCGGGUGCUUUUUUUCUUGCGCACACGCCCCUCACUCGAGGGUGCGGAAUAUACCCAGGGUGUGCCAAA